AGACACUUUUCUUCGAUCAGGUGAUGUAAAAUAACACUUCCAAAAAAAGGCAAUAUUGACUUUACCUUUUAAUUAACUUUCCAUCACGAGAUUUCUCUGAAAUAAGAAAGUUCUGCAAAAACUAAAAUAAAUUUAUCAUCUAGAAAUCACCUUGAAAAUCCAAAAUGUCUUUCGCCAAAGAGAUAACCUAAAAAAAUAAGUUAAAAUUAACCAUCAGCUCUACAGAAAGUAAUUUCCUUGAAGGCUGAGUGCCAAAUAAGGAAGAUAAUCUUGGCAAGAAUCUUCCUCGGCGUAAAAGAAAGAAAAAUCUCUCUGCUAAAAUUCUGAAAAAAUGGGAUCAGAGCAGAGUUCUCAAACCGGAAAUGCUCAAGGUUCCGAGGGGACUCGAGCCAGAAUGGCCCAGCUUCGAAGGGGAAAAAGCGUUCCAAACCGGGAGACAGUUCCAGCUGAAACGCCGCCGAGAGCAACAAGUCCAGGUCCCAGUAUCUGUUCCGAUUCCGAUUUGCCCUACAUAUCAUACACAGUCAACAGACCAAUUGGCGAUUCUCCGAAGAUGACCAACAAAUCCCAACUCGCGAGAGGCAAAAGUGUCGGACAGGAAGUGACGAGGCGGAAAUCCAAUGCAGGGAACCUGGGCCAACGAAAGCUCCACAACAUCGUGGUUGUCAAGCCAGCAAUUUCUGAUCCAACUGCUGACAAGGACCCGGACCUGGUGAAGCUUCAAAGCAUUCCUAUGUUCCUGCCAAUUAUGCGAGGGACUCUGAACCUUCCUCCGGGUGUCCGCGACCCGGAAGUCUUGGAAAGACUGGAUCCGAUUGGACUCUUCAAUCUCUGCGCGAGGUAUCAGCAUCAUUUGAACAACAGCGCUCAACUUGUGGCUGGUGAGCAGCUUGCCUUGUGCACCAGUGUCGACGCGGAAAUUGUGAGACUCGUAGCAAUUGCUACUGAGCGGCAGAAAAAAUUUUCCAAAUUCGCGGAACAGUUGACGAAAGUUCAUGAGUUGAGUAGACAGCUGACAAAGUGUCAUGUGCAGCUCAAUCAGACUCUGGAGAGUUUGGAGAUGUUGAAUAAUUUGCUGCCGAUUGAUGAGAGGCUGGAGCCUUUCGUCUGGACCACGGGAUGAAAUUAUUAGUAUUAUUACUGGGAUUUGGAUUCUUUCAGAGGUUUCUUUUCACUGAUUUAAGAAUUAGCGAUUUUUUUUACUUCAAGGUAUUUUUAAUUUAAAUAAUUCUAGUCCAGUGAACUUUUUUUUUCAGAUUUCUAGUGACGUUAGAUUUUUUAUUAUCAAUAAUUGAUCAUCUACGAGGGGUGUUCAAAAAGUAAGUUUCCCUAGUCCGCCGUUUUGCCCCAGCCCCAUCUAGCGAGCUGGGACUGAACAUAGUUUCAGUUUAGGAUAUACCGAUAAGAGCGGAAGCGGUC